UGAUUCUGAACAGUGACUCUUCGAGCAUGUCACGCGCUCCGACCACCCACACACUCUACUGAGGAAAUGGCCGUGCGCUUUCUGUCCGUAACCAGAAGACUUCACAUCGAUUUUUGGAGGUUAACACCAAGUGCAGUCAACAGGUCCGUCGUAGGCCUCUUCAGCACUGCAGCAGAGCAUCGUAGUGCUGGUGAUGACUGCCAUGGUGAUGAUGGAGAUGACGACCACAGUCACUCUGUGACACAUGUCAGAGCUUUAGAGAUAAGAGCUAGAAAACUGGAAGAGCAGGUUAACGACCUCACUGAGAGAUACAAACGAGCCCUAGCUGACUCAGACAAUGUCAGAAGAAGAACACAGAAGUUUGUAGAGGACGCCAAACUAUUUGGCAUUCAGAGUUUCUGCCGUGACAUUGUGGAAGUGGCAGACCUGUUGGAGAAGGUCGAGGAGAGAGAUGAAGUACAGCAGCUAACACAAUACCUGGCACACAUACAGGGACGGUUGCAGUUCAUCUUCACCAAACAUGGACUGGAGAAGAUGAGCCCCGUGGGAUCCGCCUACGACCCAUAUCAGCAUGAAAUCGUCUGUCAUACUCCAGCAGAGGGAGUGGAGCCCAGCACCAUAGCCGUGGUGAAGCAAGACGGUUACAUGCUCCAUGGACGUACCAUUCGGCACGCCCUUGUGGGUAUAGCUGUGAAGACACAGGAGCAGUGACAGGACCUUAGUUCAGUCCUCUCCUGCUUGUGUUUCUUACACUCUUAGUAUGUACAAUACCAGUGUUCUUACAUCUCUAGACAACUACACAUUUGGCUCAUUCGUUGAAGUAAUGGUUAUUUAUAUGUAUUUAUAAAUGUUGUUUUUUUUUGUUUCAUUUUUUCUAACUUGUAAUUUACACAGAUUAAUCAGGCUUUUUUGUUUGUUUUUUGAACCCCUGAUUUACAGACUGUCCAAUACCCAUUUAAUGUUUGGAAAGAUUCGUUAUUGUCUUGUGUGUGUUCAAGACACUACAUUUGUAGUGUUAAAUUGACCUGGAAAAUGCACUUUACUCCUUGUCAUGGUGGUUUCUGUAAGUGAUUAGUUGUUUCGGAGCUUAAGGGGAAAAGCGGUAAUGACUUUUAUAAGAAAGUAAAACUUUACAAUACAAUUCUAUAUGAUUAACAGCCAUGUUUACAGCAUUCAUUGAUCUUGAUUGAGGGUAAUUUACAUUCUACUAAAUAUUAGUUCAUAAUGCAUCAUACUAACGUUGAACCAAUGUUAACACAUAGAAUAUUAUUGUAAUGUUAUCAGAAAGUCUGUCCGCUGUGAAAUGUCAGGGAAGUGUUAUAGGCCACCAGUACCCAAAACAAAAUGCUAUGUUUUCUCUUUUAGAGUGGAGAAAUGCACAUAAGAUAAAUAUGUAUCCAAAGUGGAAUAGAACAAAAUGUUGUUUGGGAGAUAAAAUGAACAUAAAAUAUUUAUAUGUAUAUAUUUUUUGUAAUAGUUUGUCCUGAUUUUUUCUAUUCUUUUUUUUUUUUUUUUUUUUUGUAGAAGAAAAACUGUGAGUUAUUUUCUUUAAAACUAUAAAGUUUUUUACAGAAGUAGUCGUUGUAAAUUUUGCAGACAAUUAGUUUUGAAUAUGUGUGUGCAUGGCAAGAUGUUUUGACUGAAUAAAAUCUCAUCAUUUGAUCA